CGAAUUUGAGACAAAAUUGACGUACGAUUACUGCAGGUUGUAGCGAUGUAAAGUGGAAUUGGUGAAAAUAAAAUACUAAAUAAUUAAAAAGAAACAUUUAUCAUGUCUGUAGUAUUCAGGUCAUUACUGAAAGUUCCAAACCUUGUCACCAACAAGUCUACUACAUGUUCAAAUGGUUUGAAAUUGAUCGUCAAUCGGUUAGUUGUAGCUGGACCACAGCUUCAUACAAGUGCCGCUCAUUAUACUCCCAUAGUGUCCACAACACUUUCAUCGAGUGCCACAAAGUGCAGUAAUGGCCGUGUUUCGUGCAGCCAAACUUCGAGUAACACUACCUGUACCUGUAACUGCAGCUAUCGUGAACAGAUCAUGUGGGCAGAUGUUUGUGUUCAGUCUGUUCGGACUCACAUGAGGAAACACUAUGAUCCGAGUGCGUGGAAACGAAUCAACAAACACGGGAUAGAGCAGCGGUUGAGAUCGGAGACGGGAAUACACAUUCUGUGGAGGAGAAUGCUUAAGAAGCGCUUCAAUCUUGCACCGUUUGAGAGGGUUUUACAGGGAACUGUGAACGGGAAAAUACUGCCAAAGCAUCAGAUUCCAAAAGUGCCACAGAAAGAUCUAGAACGUAUUCUAAAACGCAAAUGAAAACUCUUUAUUAAUUUAGAUUAACUUUUGUUUGAAUGUAACCAACGUCAAUUCUGAUCCAACCCCAGUUUGGUUUUAACACAUUUAACUCGAUGGUUAAAUGCAACCAGAUUAAUUGUGUAGCACUGUACUGUAACCAGGGCUUCUAGACUUUUUCUAAAUUCCACUAGACAUGGGAUCAACAAUUUUAAAAAUGCAAUGGCCACGAUUGAAAAUUCACUAGCCCUACUUUACUAAGUUAAUACUAAAUAAUAAUAAUAAUAAUAAUCAGAUAUGUCACCUAAAGAGGAAGAUAGAACUUAAAAACACAAACAUUGGAGGGUUGAGUUUAGGGCAGGAUAUUCAUAUUUACAAAACAGACUUAACUGCAACAUUUGACUAAAACAAUUCCACUAGCCCUCUGAUACGGCUAUAGUAGUUAUUUACUAGCCCAACAUUGAAUAUCACUAGCCAUGGGAGUGGGGCUACCAUCAUCUAGAAGCCCUGUCUGGCAUGGCAAUAGUAGUUAUUUACUAGCCUAACAUUGAAUAUCACUAG